UCUGUACGUGUUUACAGAGCAUCCUGUAGCAGUACUGAGCCAGGAGAAGAUGGAGCUGGAGCCAGGCCAGACUCUCUCAGUGUCCUGUAACGUCUCAGGACACCCUAUGCCCGCGCUGCAGUGGGUCAGGAAGACCAACAAUGACCACCUGCUAACAGUGGACACUGGUGGAGGUCGAGUGAGAAUGGAGAAUGGCUAUGUCCUGGUCGUUGACAAUGUGAAUCCCUCAGAUGGAGGGCUGUACAGCUGCAUGGCUAUCAGUCCUGCUGGCAACACCUCCACAGACUUCAGCCUGCAGACCUGGCCAGGUAAAGCAUCCCAGGUAAGUGGCACCCCAGGGCCCACAUCGGUCCACUUCACCCUGGGGGCUUCCCUGGUGGACGGGGGCUCUCCCAUCACCCACUUCACCCUCCAGUGGAAGACAGGACGUGAGAACAAUUGGCAGGAGAGAGUCAUCCAGUCCACAGACCCCCUGGUUAUCACAGAUCUGAUACCCUACACCUCCUACUCUGUCCGGUUUGCCCCUCGGAACCACCUGGGUCAGGGCGGCUUCUCAGACGAGCUCACAGUCCGCACACAGGGCAUACGGGAACCAGACAGCCCGGUCCUGGUGGCCAGCGAGGGGAAGUUUGAGGGCAAUAUGUUCUCAAUCCCUUUAACACAGUUGGACCAUGGAGGCUCCCCCAUUAUCCACUACAUUGUCCGUUACAGAGUGAAUAAGAUGGACGAGGACUGGAGGGUGAAGGACCUGCCGUCCAACAUGACAGUGAUCAACCUCCAUGACCUGCAGUGUAACUCAGACUACCACAUGGAGGUGCUAGCCGUCAACUCCUACGGCUCCUCCAGCCCAGCCAAGCUGAACUUCAAUGUCCCACAACCUGUAGCCAAGAUGAACAAGGGUGGGAUGGGGAAAGGGGCCGUGGCAGGUAUUGUCAUGCUCAUCUUUUUGGUGCUACUGAUUGCUGUGGAUGCCACCUGUUGCUAUACCAACCACUGCGGCAUGCUGAUGUUCCUGGCUGUCAAGCUGUUUGGGCAGAAGGUCCCUGGGAUUAAGACUGUGGAAGAGGGUGACGGCACCUGUAAUGGGAAAAGGUCCCCCAUUGGAGGUCCUGCCACAGAGGUCUGAGUUACUGAACAGGAAGUGGGAUCCUAGUAUCUGAAGAAUGGAACCUGUAAAUGCCAAAGUAGAAAGGAGGAAGUAUUGUGAGUUGGGGGACUUAGUUAAAUGUUUUUGGAGAGUUCCCAGGACAGUCCAAGUUCAGAAAGGAUAAGGAUUCGGAAAGUUAUCUGUGAAUUGUAAAGUCUAACAUCAACAGAUGGUUGUAAUUUCAUCCAGCCCUGUGUGUUAAGUGUUAUAUUUCCUUUAUAUUGCAGUACCUUCUUGUUAUAUUUCAGUAAAUUAAGGCGGCUGUAAUUUGUCAGGGAGACCUUCGUAGUUCAUUCAUUAAAUCAUAACUCAUUAUUUAUUGAAGUUU